AUGGAUAUCGAGAAACUCAGGAAAAAGUUGGGGACUUUGAACGACGACGACCAGUCGUGGCGAAAGAUAAAACGAAAACCCAACAGGCGGCGAACAACGGGAACGACGGGAACGAGGAAAGACGAAGAAGAGAAACGAGUGGAGAAAAUACAAACGACGCUAAAACUGAAACACCCGUGGAAUAAAAUCGAGGACGUGGAAGAGGUGAACGUGUACAUCGUUUUCAAAGAGAAGAUGAAAGUGAUCUCGUUCGCGAGCGAAGAAACGAGGAAGAGUUGGAAAAGUUUCGAAGACGAAGAGGUGGAGGAGGAGGAAGAGGAAAAGGUCAAGACGACGAAGAAGAAGAGGCCGCCGGCGCUGGUAAAAGUGAUCGCGAGUAAACUCGAGACAAAAAGGUCGUCCACUCAAAAGAAGAAGAAGAAAAGAGAUCAACAACAACGUUCGGGGGCGAAUGUUUUCAUCGUCUCCGGGAGUCAACCGGUCGUCAACGAGUACGAUUUAGAGCGCUUGGGCAUGACGACGACCGCGUUCGCUCGCGGAGCGGAAAGAAUAGAAGAAGAAGAACAAGAACAAGAACAAGAACAAGAGCAGUGA